CACACGCCGUCCCAGCGCCUGCUGCCAUGAGGGUCCAGGUCUCUGUAUUCUUGUUCCUGGUCCUGGUCCCAGUCCUGGUUCUGACUCAGCAAGCUCCCACAGAUAACUCCCUGAAGGAUGUCGUAGUGACGCCUUUGCUGGCUAAGACAAUCCUUGAGGAUAAGCAGGGGGCAAUCGUCAUCCCGACGCCCGAAGUGGGGCAGGACUCUGGAGUCAUGACCACAUCUGACCCCAACUUGGAUUUGAGAGAUGGAGACCAAGAUGCAGAGUGGGAAAACACAUCUAGUGCAGGUACUGGCGGGGGGGGGGGGGCAGAAGGGUCCAAGAUCUGAGUCCCACCCUCCUUUGAUCUCCCUGCAGCCACCACAGGGUCUGGAGGGUCCAGUUCCAGCAGCACGAGCACAACCGCUUCAGGCUCCACGAGGCCUGUUACCCACAGAGAGCCCGGGAGCUCGGCCAGAUCAGGAGCCGGCCAAAGCCAACAGGAAAUCUUCAUUUACGAUUACCACUCCCUGCGCAAGUGGGGCCUGAUAGCCGCCGCCAUCCUCUUCGUCCUGGGCAUCCUCAUCCUCACCUGUGGUAAAUACGGGAAGCUCCCCGGAUGUGGGGGCCGGAAGCGGAGGAGCGCCUAUGAUAUCUCACGGCUCUGA